AUGACACUACUCCCGUCUACCCUAUCUCCUUUCACCGAGCAGAAUCCAGACGAAGAUAUGGCAGACAGCGACAGCGAAUCUUCCAAGACAUCUGCACUGAACCACAUCCUGAUCACCACACAGACUGGCGGUAUUGCACUGCUGACACCUCUUGACGAGGCCACCUACCGUCGUCUCUCAGCACUGCAAACAACACUAUCCAGCAUCCUCGAGCACUCGGCUGGUCUCAACCCGCGAGCCUACCGUGCAGUUGAGAGUGAAGGGCUCGGUGCUAGAGGCAUUGUUGACGGAGACUUGAUAACCAGAAUCUACGAGUUGGGUGCUGGUAAAAGACUUGAAGUGCUCGGCAGAGCUGGUGCCGAGGUCUGGGGUAUGAGAAGCGAUUUGGAGAUCAUCGCAGGUGAGGGAUUGGGAUAUUUGUAG